CUCCGUGUUUUCCAUAUGACUCCGUGUUUUCCAUAUUUUUAUGACGUCAGACUCCGGGACUCCGACUCCGGGACUCCGACUCCGGGACUCCGACUCCGUGUUUUCCAUCUAACCGUAGUUUGGGUGAUUGCGCGAUUUAACUGUAAGCUCUUAGCCAAUCAAAUUGCUUUUACCAACUACAAUGUAUAAUGGCAAGAAUUAUUAUACAUUGUAGUGGGUAAAAGCAAUUUGAUUGGCUAAGAGCUUACAGUUAAAUCGCGAAAUCACGCAACCUACAGAAAAUUCAGUUAUCUGCUAGCAGAUAACUCAGUUAUCUGCAAAUGAGCCUGCGAUGAUUAGCAAGCCGGUAUAUCUAUUUAACACAAACAAAUGUAUAAUAAAACACUUAUUGAAUUCGGUUUUUGCGAUAUGCAAAAUUAUCAAGACCUCGGUAAGUGUUAUAACGCUUAUCUCGACCUUGAUAAUUCCGCAUAUCACACUGAAAACCUCAUUAUCGCUUACAAAUAAAUAUUCUAUAAAGAGCGCCGCCCACAAACCGCCGCCCUCAAAUAAGUACCACAUCCGCAACACUAAUUCAGUUUAUUAUCUAUGAAUCUAUCGUAUCGAAUGCCUUCUUUAAAUCAAUAAAGACGACUCCAUUAACUAACCAUUGUCUAUAUUUACAGAGCAGCUAUUAGUAGCUUCUAGUAAUUAUGGUAAUAUGUAACGAUCAGAAGCCAUGAGAAUGAUGAGAUUGAGAAGUGUUCAAAAGAUUAUAGCUGUUAAGAUAUUCAUAUAGUUGAUCAUAGAAUUCAUAGUCACAAUUUUUUCAAAGAUUUUUGCGACAACUGGAAUUACAGAUAUAGGUCGGUAAUUACUCGGGUUAUUCCUAGUGCCACUUUUAUAGAGAGUAACUAGUAACUAGCCUACAUUUAAAAAGAUUUAAUCUUUUCUGUGCGAAAACGCACGUAUGAAAAACGCGUACUGGAGAGCAGUCUUUAGUUUUGGUUUGUGAAAACACCACGUAAAUGUAUGAUCAGCAGAGUUCAGACUUGACUUGUUUAAUUCACUCGUCCCUUUAAUUGUACGAAACCCCCAAAAAACAAAAGCGCCGUGAUCUGUUUGCUCGCGUGAUAUUUCUGUUAAUAAUCUGUUUCAUCAUAAACCAGUUUCGGAAACGAUGAGUAAUUUCGGUAAUUAUACGAUAAAAGGCUUUGUUGGUAUAGAAACGCAACUAUACCUGAAAAUAUGAGAAGAAUUUCGACGUUUCGAACAAGAGCCCGUUGUCACUAAGAUUUUACAUGCUUGCUCUUUUGAUGCAUGUACUUUCUCCUGUCAAAUUUACCGGAAAACGUACUCGUUUGGCAUCGAAGAAUUAAAGUUCAAGGCCAUAAACACUUUCGCUUCAAAUGCACACUUACUAUCGAAUUUUCCUGUAUAGUAUACACAGGAGUAAGAAUUUUCUCAGCGAGGUAAGAAAUGUUACGUCUGCUGUUCUUUGCCCUGCUCGCCAUCCAUAUUUCGAUCAUGGGUUAUUUCUGGUGGAUGAAAGAAGAAGUAAAGCCUUUCGACAUAAAGCCAAUAGCUGCUACGGUGAACCAACGUUUUGAUUCUGUGCAAUCGACAAUUAAUAUAGUUGAGACACCAGUGACGCUUUUUAUGCGGAUGACUGGAUUACACAUAAAGCGAUUUUACUGUGACUUUUUGAGGACAGCCGUCUUGUUUUGGCCCGCUUCGUAUGGAAAGCUAGUCCUGGUUUUCGAUCAGGAAUCGUCUCUGGAUCACAAACUAGCGAACAUUUUGGAGAGACAGUUUCAUCAAUUCUUCCCAGAUCGCAAACUUGAAAUACUCUACGAGCUUCUUCCGAUGAAUUAUGAAACGCUGUUGAAGCUUCCUUGGCCGAAACGUGACACUGGCUACAAUCGUCAAAUUUGGAGCAGCUUUUUUAAUGAUUUAUACACGAACGACACAGUCAUUGCGUGGGUGGAUUCUGACACUGCAUUUUCUACUCCAGUGACGCAAAAUUCCAUGUACAACGGUACACGAUUGAGAGUGAUAGGAACUGAUUGCACGCUACACGCAGAGUUUGCUAGAGAUUGUGUGAAAAGUGCGGAGAUCUCCAUUGGACUACCGGCUUUAGCUGACUUCAUGCUGCAUUUCCCUAUAUACAUGUAUCGCGAUACGUUUGCUAACUGUAGAGAAUAUUUAAUGCGAAGAUACAAAGCACGCAACUUUGAGGAAGUCUACAGGAUCAUUAGUGCUUACGGCCUUAUUUGCCCCGUAACGACAAUACUCAACUACGCAUGGCACUUCGAGAGAGAUCGCUACGACUGGAGUCUCAAGAUUUUCACCAAACCUCUCGAUGAAUACAACAAACGCUUUCAACCCAACGCAACUAUCAGGUCCUACGACAUACAAUCUGUCUUGGCAGCCCCUCAAUCAAGCGUUCAUACUGGUGAACCUGGGUCGGCACUUGAUUCGGCUCAAUUAAUUCUGGCGAGUUAUUGUUUGUCGCACAAAGCUGCGGGGCACUAUCUAGCGUUCUGUACCGGCAAACGCAACCUUCCAUUGAGCAAUAACCUUAUUCUUUUCAAAUAUGCAAGAGCGCCGGAGACGUGUAAUGGUAAUUUGAAAUUCACUUGUCUCGUUGUCCUGGACCGUCACUACAGUCUGGUAGGCUCUGAAAUUCUGGGGGACAAGCGCAGGAUGGAAUGGAGUGACGUGGAAAUUGUUGAAAAACUUGUGAAGGAAGUAAAUGCAACGUGUCCUGUUAUUCAUAACGGGAGCCCAGGGGGGAAAAUCCCUAUUGUAUAAAAGUUAUGGCCUGUUUGCACCAGUGUGCUCCAUAUAUACCUGGGGCACGAAUUUUAGUCAUUCGGUCUAUGGGAAAAGUGAAGUGAAGGUGGCGGAAUUGACGUACAAUACCAAGGGUGGGUUGACUACAAAAUUUUUGUAGUUCGCUAUAACUACAGCUAUAUACUUCAAAAAUAUGUAGUCAGCUACAACUACUGCUGCUACUUUUGAACAAAAGUAGUUCGCUACUGACUACAGCUGCUGCUUAAAAAAGGUAGCGAACUAUUUCGCUAUUUCGCUACUCUAUAUUUUUUAAUUUUACGGUAUUUAAGCUCAGGCUGUAAUUUAACCUAUAACAAAUCGACUUACGAGUAGCAACAGUAAACACAAAGGGUCAAAGAAACAUUUUUGUAUUAAGCACUAUGCAGUGUUCAGGAGUACCACUUUUCAAUGCGCUAAAAUAAUCUUUACUGUAUAAAAUAAUCUUUUAAGUAAACCGUGUCUUAAUAUCAUUAUAUUCUACGAACGGUUGCUAACAAUUUUAAAAAGUAGCGAAUAGCGAUUCGCUGCUUGAAAAGUAGUCAACUACUUGGCUAUUUUUUAGGCAAAAUGUAGUUCGCUAUAACUACAACUACUGUUUUAAAAAAGUAGUCAAAAACUACUGGCUUCUUGAAAAUUGUAGUUCGCUACAGUAGCGAACUACAACUACUUUGCUACAACUCACCCUUGUACAAUACCUAUAUAUGAAAAUCGUAUGCAGUUUCAAUACUAUGCUUCCCACUUCCAAGCCAAUUCCAGUUUUUUCUAACGAACCGUCUCGCUAAUGAAGUUAAUAUGACUAUACUGUGUUUUGGUAUAUACAUGAGCAUACUCGUGAGCAUAUAUACAGGAUUAUAUUGAUUAAAUUCACUAUAGAUCGAUAGAAUUGAUAGAUAGAUUCAUUUGGUUUCAUUAUUAUUUAUUAUUUGACUCAAGUAUAAGUUAUUUACAAAAUGGAUUAAAAAAUUAAAAAAUUUUAAAAUAGCUAUUUUGUUAAGAGAAUUAUGGAAAACUGGAAUAAAUGUUUUAGAAAAUCUUUGUGUGUUAGCUUUGGGAAUUUGGAAAUUUAAUUAAAUUUCGAAAUUCUCAAAGUUAACACACAAAGAUUUUCUAAGACACGACCUUUCUUCCUCAGUAGUAAUUAUUGAGUGUGAUUUGUGUUAUUUGGUACAAGAUUUUUACAGUCUUUCAAAAUUAUAGGGAGGGGGCUCAGCCCCCCCCCCCUAGUCGCCCCUAGUGUCCGCCACUGGCG